UGCGAACUUAUAGCAUAUUGAAUUUUUUAAUUACCCCAAAACCCCUUGCAAAUGGGGUGCUCCCUCUCCUACCCUCGCUGGCUAAGUACAUUGAUAUAUAUCUUUCCUCUUUUUGCGUUUUUACCCCUGCCAGUGUACUCCUAACCUCAAAUUUAUCAGAUUUGCGUAUCAGUGAUUGUCUUUCCCGAAAUGAGCUAUUAGAUAAAUAAAACUCAAAAAAGAAAGCCUGAUAAUGAAUAAAUUAAUGAAAAAUGUCCUGUCCAGUGGGCGGCUGUUCUCUUAUAGUUGUGUCGUGAGUUGUCAAUGUCCAAAAUUCACUAGAGAACUGCACGUCAACUACAGAAAUCCUGGCAUUCGCUGUCGUCUCCUGUGCGAGAAACCCCGGGCUCAACUUCAGAGCAGAAAUAUGUUCAUCCAAACCCAGGACACACCCAACCCAAACAGUUUGAAAUUCCUCCCCGGCGUUCCUGUGAUGGAGCCUGGACAGACGAAGGACUUCCCCAACGCCACCGAGAGUUACUGUUCACCCCUUGCGAAGAUGCUUUUCAGGAUUGAAGGAGUUAAAUCAAUUUUCUAUGGUCCUGAUUUUAUCACUGUGACAAAGGUCGAUGAAGAUGUUGACUGGAAUCUCCUGAAGCCUGAAAUCUUUGCGACAAUCAUGGAUUUCUUCUCGACAGGGCUGCCCAUCAUCACGGAGGAACAACCGUCCUCUGAUACACAAAUCAAUGAAGAUGAUGACGAAAUUGUCCAAAUGAUCAAGGAGUUGCUUGAUACUAGAAUUAGACCUACGGUCCAGGAGGAUGGUGGAGACAUAGUUUUUAUGGGUUUUGAGAAUGGAAUUGUAAAGCUAAAGAUGCAGGGCUCGUGCACAAGCUGUCCCAGCUCAGUAGUAACCCUCAAAAAUGGAGUACAGAAUAUGAUGCAAUUUUAUAUUCCCGAGGUGCUUGGAGUUGAGCAGGUGGAGGAUGAGACGGAUAAAAUCACCAAGAAGGAAUUUGAGAAGUUGGAGUCGCAGAUAAAUGUCAAGGGUUCAACGAACGAAAAAUGAAGUUAUUCAGUUCAAUAGUGAAACUAUAAAUCGUAAUGUUAUUUUAGAAGUUUAGUACCCCUUCAUUCAUGAAGGCAACGAGUGAUAUUUUGUAGAGAAUCAAAUUUCUAUCAAAAAUUCUUCUAUAAUUUUUUUACGAAUAUCGUUGAUUUGAAAAACAUUUUAAUACUGACUAGAUUUCUUUUUUGGAUGAGAAAGAACCUCUCAAUGUACCAGGAAUAGGUAAAAUGUGACUGAAUGCGAAGUCUCUUUUGGUGUGGCGUAGCGCGCGAAGCUGAUCGUAUAAAAAUGCGUUUCCUUACUUUAGGGGCUUCCCCCUAGAUUUUUAAAAUAAACAUAACCAACAGUUAUACUUUAAUUAAGUAUAGAAUUAUAAUAAUAGCAACAACUGGAGGAUUUAAUUUUUUUUGCGAUUUUUUAUUUCAUCUUUUCAUUUACAAAAUGAAGGUGUUUUUUAACGGCUAGUCACAGACACCUGCCAGACGCGGAUUGUGUGAUCAGAGUAUCCAGCGAAGAGGGUCUGUCCGUCAGUGGACCAGGCCAGGGAAAGACACUGAGGUGGUUCGGCCUUGCUCGUCGUCGACACGACCUCAGGCUUGAGUUCCUCCACCAUUUCCUUGCUCUCGAGAUCCCAGAUCUUGAUCCAGGGGCCAAAUGCGGCGCAGAGCCAGUAGCGAUUUGGACUGAAGCACAGGGCUGUGAUGAUGUCAUUGUGGUCGAGGGUGUGGAGGUGCUUGCCAUCGUUCAAGUCCCACAGCAUGGCUUUGCAGUCCUGAAUGAAAUAAUUUCGUGGUCUUUAUGUUAUUCAGGUUUUCAUUGAGGAUUUUGAUAUGUUUUUCGUUUUUAAUUAUCAGUCCCAUAUCCGCAAACACUCAUGGUCAUCGUUGGCAUAAAAGUUUUGCAUCAUUUGAAAUUCUUGAGAUUAACUGUACAGAAGAGGUGGGUAAAAUUAUGCACCAGGAACAAUGACUAUUUAGCACAGUUUGAGACAGCCUUCGAAGAGAUUUGAAGCUGUGGAAUCAAAUAGACAUAAAAAAGCUUCUUAAACUAUACUAAAUAGAUUUUCGUCCGGUAUACGUUUGUCACCUCCUCUAUUGCACAUCUCAGAAAUUACUACGUCUACUCAAAAUUAUCGCAGAAUCCUGUUACAGCGUUUGUGUAACUCUUCAAUUUAUUUAAUUUUGAUAUUCACCUUGCCGCCCGAUGCGCAGAGAGAGCCAUCAGGAGACACGGUGACAGUAUUCAAGUAUCCAGUGUGUCCGUUGUGGUUGAUCUUCAAACGGCAGUUAGUCAAGUUCCAUACCUAAUUCAGAACAAAAAAAAAAUCAUUAUAUAGGAAAUUUUGAUGAGAAAAAUUGGUCAUGCAACUCUGAUAAAUGAUUAAGAAAGCAUAAAAGGUAUUAAAAGUGUUAUAAGUCAAUUUUACCUUGACGAUCUUGUCCCAACCAGCAGAAACAAUAAUUGGAUUGGUGUGGUUCGGUGAGAAACGAACACAACUGACCCAGUCACCAUGUCCAUCCUCCUGAAUUGUGUAUUUGCACUCGGCCAAUGUAUUCCACAGUUUGAUGGUCUUGUCCCUGGAUCCAGAAACAAUCUGACGAUUGUCCACGGAGAAAGCAACACUCAGAACAUCCUAAGGAACCCAACAAUGAACUCUAAAAAUCUGCAUAAGGUGAGAAUUACAGCGAAGUGAUAAUAUUUUGAAAUUCUCAGUCCCAUAUCCGCAAACACUCAUGGUCAUCGUUGAUAUAAAAGUUCUGCAUCAUUGUAAUUAUACAAUAACAUAUCAGGUAUUUUAUAAUUUUUUGGAAUUAACGUUUUCAAGGAAAAAUGUUGAUUUGUUCAAAUAAUCCUUUCGGUUUGAGAUAUUUUGAAAAUCAAAUAAAAUAUUAUGCUGUUCUCGAACUCACUACUUCUCGAGAAUGUUCACAAAAAAAUUAAGGUUAAGUCCUCAACGCAAUAAAUUUACCACUUCACUUGGCAAAAAGAUGUUUACAAAAUUCUUAAAUCUAAGAAACUCCAAACUGAAUCAAAGCAAUACUUCACCCAAUACUUACAGCAUUGGUUCAUCAUCUUCUAUUCAAUAUUAAAAAAAAAAUAAAAAAAAAAGCUUCAGUUCGUACAAUUGCUGAUCAAAACGAUCUCAGGUGGAGCUGAUUCGCAAGCCCACGAGACGUAGUAAUAUCACACCUUGGUAUGGUCUUCGAACCUCCUCGUGGUGCGUCCGGCAGCGAGAUCCCAAAGACGGAGAGUCUUGUCCCAUGAUCCUGAGAGAGCAUAGUUACCGUCAGAAGAAAGGACAACGUCGCUGAUGAAGUGAGAGUGACCGUAAAGACGCUUCUGGGGGAUGCCAUAGUUGGUCUCAUCACGGGUGAGCUUCCAUACAAUCAGAGUCUUGUCUGUGAACGAAUGGAUUAAAUAUUGUUAUGGAAAAUGAAAUUAUUGGUCAUGGGGGAGUAAACAGUUGUUUAUUUGAUAAAAGGUAGGAUUAAAGAGGCCUGAAAGAAUCGCAAAAGCUAUAAAAAAUUAUGAUCUUGUUAGACUCCACAUGAAAAAUUUACCUGUUGAGCCCUUAAUUGUUAACAAAUGGUGUUAAUUAUUAAACAACCUUAUUAACAAAAAAGAAAUAGUUUUACUCUUCCUACUAGUACAGUGCAGGACAGAUUGAACGAUUUCUGUCUGGUCACUUACCACGUGAGGACGAGAGGAUCAUAUCUGGAUAUUUCGGAUUUGUCGCAAUUUGCGUAACCCAUCCAUUGUGUCCCCGUAGGGUACCCUUCAGCUGAAGUGUUUCACUCAUUUUUAAUCACAAAGUGCACUUAUUAAUUAAUGGAUUAAUGUGGAUGCGACAAGCCGAUCCACUAUCCACGACACGCUGCAGAGAAAA